UAUUCCUACCUCCAACCCUCCUCUCUUUCUCCAUUUAUUUUUUUUAAUACCUCCCAAACUCAUAAAAUCUCCCAGAGAGCUCAGUUCACAGCAUUGGCACUCUCAAUUUCAAAUGGAUCGUUCCAAGGGUUCCUUGCUUGCGGGAGCAACUAUACUAAUGCUAUCACUAAUAGCAACCGUGUCGAAAGUAGAUGCCGACGCCAUGGUGACUGGUAUUGUCUUCUGUGAUCAGUGCAAAGUUGGGGAGCGCAGCAUUUUCGACUACCCACUCUACGGAGCAAGGGUGGCUGUUGCUUGCAUGGGUGCAAACGGGGCGAUGGCAGCGUACAAAGAGGACACCACAAAUUGGAUGGGGGGCUACGCAAUGCGGUUCCCAGGGAGCUCUGACCUCAGCCGAUGCUACGCUCGGGUUAUUAGGGGCCCAUCAGGGUGCGGGUCAGCAGCAGGCCCGGCCCAAGGCCUCAAUCUCAUGUUCAGCAUGUUAGGCAUGCAAAUGUAUGCCGUAGAGCCACUCCUCUCUCAGCCCCAGCAACCAAUGCCAUUCUGUCCAAGAUCAUCUCCACCCUCUCCGGCUCGUGCAGCAAUUCCUCCUCCCUCUCAAUCUUUGCCUCCUCCGGCCCCACCAGUGGUCCCGGUACCGCCACCAUCGCCGCCGCGAGCGGAUUCACGUCCUCCCCGGGUUCCGUUCUUGGAGGCCUCAGCCUGCUCAUAUGAUAAGUGGAUGAUGCCGGAGUUCAAGUGCUACUGGAAGGUGGUGGGUCCAGACACCAAGGUUGCCGUAGCUUUCGGUCCUGUUGCAGCUGGGAAGUAUGGCACAGACAUGAGUUUGAUGGAGGGACUGCAUGGGCGGGGAGACACCUACCGCACGCUCCUUCGAGAAGCAACCACCUCCCUUCUCAACUCCUACAACAGCAUUCGGUUCCCCUACCCAACAGUCAGUGUUAUUUACCGUAUGAACUGGGCUCUGCUAGGCUCUCCUCAGCAGGCACUAAUGCAGGCUCUAAGGUUCAAAAGGGCAAAUACCGGCGUUUCUGGGCAGACCACCUGCAAAUUUAUCCCUUGUUCUUGAGGAAAACCUUUUCCUAUCUCGGCAUUUGCACUUAGUAUUCUUGAUUCUGGUCACUGAUAUUGAAUUGGCAUUGUUACUUCGAUACACCACACUCCUUUCUGCUGCAUUAUACUAUUUUCCUUAUAAGAAUUAUUUCUUGUGAUACCCAGAUGUUAAAAAGUAUUGGCAAAAGUGUUAUCAUUAUGUUGUACGGAGAAUUAUAAAUUUCCUUCCUAUCCAAUUUCAUGUAUUGUUCUCUUUUAUA